UCUAGUAUCCCAAUCCGCAGUCUGCAGCCGGGGGUACUUGACUAUCUGUGGUAUUUUAUUUUCCUUUUUAUUUAUUUACACCCCCACCUCACCCCCAUUCUUCCCUCGUGCUGGCGGGUUGUUAUCGCGCGAUGAGCUCAGCGAGAGCAGGUUUUUUUUAUUAUUUUUAUUUUUUACAUCGACGCUUCUAGGGUGGCUCAGAAACAGGGACGUACUUCGAACUCGUUAUUACAGAAUGCCGUUAUCCCGCUGAUUUGGUCGCACAGCCUCUCCGCCGUGAAGGAUGGUGCUUCCAGCCCGGAGGAGGAGGAGGUGUUUUCAUCGGGAGCUGUCCUCCGCGAGGCGACACGGCUGCGUGGCGAAUUUCGGGCUGUUUGCGACCCACCCCCCGACACUACCCGAGCUUCACUCGCUCUCAUCUUCAUCCCCACCGUSCCCCCUGCGAGGGCAGAGAAGUCARGACCGCUCUGGUCACAAUGUAGACCACACACAAGACAAGAGGUCAGGUUUCUGCAUUGGUGACAUCAUCCUUCACGCUUGAUCUCAUUUAGUGUGGACUGUUAGCAGCAGCAAGUCCCUGACAUGAGCAACACCCAGGUUCCUCCCAAGGCUGGAGCUUCAGAGCUGGAGGUCAUCUCCCAGCAGGUGGAGGAGGACAACCAGUGUGUGGCUCCAGUCCAACUUGUCGGCUUARCCUACAGAGACCUGCCUUUGGCAGCUCUGGACAUAUCCCUCGCUGGAUCCCAGCUCAUCUCUAACCCCGAUGAGGAGGACAACAGAGAUGGGUCGAACUGGCUGAAGCCGUGCUGUGGACGACGGGCGGCGCUCUGGCAGGUCUGUCUGCUGUCGGCGGGCUUCAACUGUUUCCUGGUGGCCUCCGUCGUCCUCGUGGUGCUGCUGCUGAUCCUGGAGCUGCUCAUCGACACCAAGCUGUUGCAGUUUAAUAAUGCACUCCAGUUUGCCUGCAUCAUCCACUGGAUCAGCCUGGCUAUCCUCUCUGUGUUCUUCACCGAGACGGUGUUCAGGAUCGUGGUGUUAGGGAUAUGGGAUUACAUUGAGAACAAAGUAGAGGUUUUUGAUGGAGCUGUCAUUGUACUCUCUCUGGCCCCCAUGGUGGCCUCCACCGUGGCCAACGGCCCCAGCAGCCCCUGGGAUGCAAUCGGUCUCAUCAUCACAUUACGCAUAUGGAGGGUCAAGAGGAUCAUUGAUGCUUAUGUUCUGCAGGUGAAGGUGAAAAUGGAGCUGGAGAUCCAGCAGUACGAGAAGGCCAAGGCGAUGAGGGAGGAACAGCUCGAUCGUCUUACCCAGAUCUGCCAAGAACAAGCUUUUGAAAUCAGACAGCUGAGGGCCCACCUGGCCCAGCAGGACCUGGAUCUGGUAGCAGAACGAGAGGCAGCCUUGCAGAUUCACCACAUGUGGGGAAAACAGAGCAGCAGUUUUCAGGAGGUGGACGGACUCGCUCCUGGGGCCUCCGAGCAUCACCGAGCUGCCAAAGUCAGAGAAGGUCCUGCAGACCAUCACGGCCAAGAUGAUAUGAAUAACUACAUCAGUCAGUACUACAGUGAGCCGAGCAGCGACAUGGGGAUCCCCGACCCGGCCCGCGUCAUCACCACAGCAGCCAUAGACGUGCAUCUGCCCAACAACCCCAGCCAGCUUCCCUCCACCUUGGUGAGCGCAGAGGCGGUGGGGUCCGGCCGCCUGCAGCGCACGGGCAGCUCGGUCAGCGACGCGUCCACGACCGCGGCAUCCCGCAGCAGCUUCAGCGCCCGGCAGCACAGCAUCAGCAGCCACACGCUGGGCUCCAGCAUGGACUGCAGCUCCACCGUGCGCGAGGCCUCCACGUCCACCAACUACAGCGACCAGCGCUGCUACCCCCCACCCUACAGCAGCCCCCUGGCUCUGGGCACUCAGCCUCGAGGGAGUCCCAGCGCGGUGGUGCAGGAGCUGCUCUCCUCGCUCUCGGAGGACUCCUGUCUCACCCAGAAAGGUUUGGACCCCGUCAACCUCAAGCCUCCCAGCCCAACGGGUUCCACAAAAACCAGUCCGGAACUGGAGCGCAGGCUGAACAUUUACAAUAAGAGGAACCAGGAGAGCAGGAUCGGGCUUCACACCAAGACUGUCAUCCAUCUGCAGAGUAACGAGCCUCUCCUCGAAGAGAAGUACAGGAUGAUGGGACCAGUAGAGACUUCAGUCAACCGCCUAUCAGAGACGUAAGUCUCCACCAUCACAGGACCUGCUGUUCAGCUCAGAUGCAAACAGUUUGCAAAUCUAACCCUUUUUGUGUUUUGGGGAGUCAAGACUUUGGUUACUGCUCAAACUGAUGAAGAGGCACAAACUGAAAAAAUGAGAGUUGUCAUCAGGUGACACUUCUCAGGAAUUGACAUUCACAAAAACACUUUCCUACUUUUCUUAAAACAAACCAGCAAAGUGGGCCGAGCCUGAUGUUUUCUAACGGCCUGUGUAGAAAACCCUGGCUUUUCAUAUCUUCUCUUUUUUUAUUUUUUAAUAUACAGGGGGGUGGGACAACGGUGCUGAGGGCUUAAGAUCAUUUGUGAAGCUGCAAUUAAUCAUCACUUCACCAGAAAACAAGCUGGUGUCUAUCACUGAUAUCACAGCAACAACAACAAAACAAGUCCUUUUUGAUGGACUGCUGCAGGGUGCAUUGAAUUCAUUUCAUCUUGUGUUCUUUGACUUUCUACAUAAUUGCUAACAUUUUUUUUAUCUCAAAUGUGAAAUUUUAAUGCUGAAGAUUUUUAUUAUUCUUUGUGCCAUGAGCUGAAAGCUGAAAAAAAAUAAACAUGAAUCUGCUUAGUCACGACCCUUGUAGACAAAAUUAAUUAAAAACGUCCCUACAUAUUGGAAAAUCUGUUACGAUUUCAGGUUAAAAAAGAUAAAUGUUCUCAAUGUUAAGAAGUUGUAUUAAUAAUAGGCCUGAUUAAAUCCUGAAACAGAUUUGACAGAUCUAAUUUACUGCUGAAAAUAAAAUGAUAGCAUGAACCUUUAA